AUGGCAGGAAACCUAGACGAACCCCGCAGUCGCUUCUUGACUUUACAAACGGGCCUAAAAGAACUGGGAAUCCCGCUUCCGCCGCCCGCUGCGCCACCCGCUGCGCCACCCGCGGAACCCAUUGCUUCGCCGCCGCCGACGGCGGAGUUACAUGCGCGGUCCGUCGUCACAGCCGAUGACGAGCAGCUUCAGAGGCUCGCUAGGUUGACUGAGGGAGGUGAUUUACCAAAACUACAUGAGCACAACAACGGGGGCGGCCAGGAAAGAUUUGCCGGCAGUCGCCUGUGGCUGGAUGAUCAUCGUCUUGAGUUGGUACGUGACAAGAAGAACCAGUCCGCGCACUACCAAGAAACUAUGCAAUGGAUGAAAGAGGUGAUAAUGUGCUUUAGCAAACUCGGGUACUACUUUGAUAUCGGACUUACCGCAGACCCCCAUGCCCGACUUAAAGGAAAGGACUAUGGGAAUCGCACUCGCGUUGACCAGAAAAUGUACGGACUCGUCAAAACGGACGGCCCGGAACUUGCAAGGCAAUUAGAAAAAAUUUUGCAGGCAUUUGCCGAGGAGCAUAGCCUCAAGGGCUUCGCGAAUCAUCUCAAGGCAGCUGGGACAGGAAGAUCGAAGGAGGGGCCGCAAACAAUUUACCUGGAUUACUGGAGUAAAGAACGGGACCCCCCGGAGUCUCAAUACGACUCAGAGCCUUCCGAUACUGACUCUGACGGCGAGGAGGAGGAGGAAGCUGUUGUACCUUCUUCUGAAAAAAAGCGAGCUAGAGCGGCGCCGGAACGUCCGCAAAGGCCAAAGCGAAAGUGUUGUCGCAUUACACAAGAUAAGGAGAGCGGCGACGACGAGAUGAAUGAAUCCGAGCCAGGGCCUGAACCAGAGUCGGCGCUGACCGCUGCCCGGACGCCGCUGCCCGCUGCGCUGCAGCCGCCGGCGCCGCCCCCCGCGCCGCCGACGCCGCCGGCGCCGGCGCCGCGCCAGCGCGCCGCCGCUGGCGCCCUGCUUGACACGCCGGCGCGGCUAGGUUUCUUCGGGUUAGCCGACGGCGGAACUGAAGUCAUUGACUGUGUCCAGCUGAAUACCCAACGGCGCUCCGCAUCGACGCCGGCCGCGCCCGCGCAACCGCCGCCGCCCGGCAGCCGCGUCGCCGUGCGGUUCAAGGACGGCAUUGAACACGCGGGCACGGUCGAGAAGGUGGAAGACGCGAACCAUGCGUUCGUGCGGUACGACGACGGCCAGAGCGAGACCGUGCGCUUCCCGGACCCCGACGUGCGCGUCACGGGCUUCGGGCCCGAGGCGCCGGCGGCCAAGCCGGCCGCCAAGCCGCGCGCCAAGCCGCCCCGCGCGGCGCGCACCGCGCCGCCGACCGCGCCGCCGCCCGGCACGCGCGUCGCCGUGCGCUUCGACGACGAGGAUUACGAGGGCACCGUCGACGACGUGCUGGACGCGCACCGCGCCACGGUGAAGUUCGACGACGGUUCCGAGCAUCCCAUAAACUUCACGGAGCCCGGCAUCCGCAUCACGCGCGAGGCGCCCGCGGCGGCGCCGCCGGCCGCGAAGCCGGCGGCGAAGGCGAAGCCGGCAGCGAAGGCGAAGCCGCGCGCCGCGCCGGCCGCGAAGAAACCGCAGUCGAAGCCAGCGCCGCGGCCGCCCCGCGCCGCGCCGACGCCGGCCGCGCCCGCACAGCCGGCCGCGAAGAAACCGCGCACGGCGCCGCCGCCCGAGCCGGCGCCGGCGCCGCGCGCGCGGCCGCCCCGCGCCGCGCGCGGCGGGCCCGACGCGCGCGUCGGCCGCUGGGUCGAGGUCUGGUGGCCCGAGCAGAGCAAGUGGUACCUCGGCCACGUCGGCGAGGCGCGGUACUCGGACGCCGCUGCCGGCGUCGUGUUCCGCGUGGAGUACACCGACGGCGAGACGGAGGAUGAAGUAUUGCAGGAGGACGCCUUCGCGGGCGCCGGCGCGCCGCCGUCGCAGCCGGAAGGCGCUCCCAAGCGGUGGAGAUUCUUCGACGGGCCUCCGCCGGCGGAGCAUUACGUGCACAAGAAAUGGACUCCCCAGGAGGAGAACGAUCUGCGCAAGCUCGUCGCGGAGCUCGGCGAGGAGCAGUGGGCCGCCGUCUCGGAGCGCCUGGGCACGCGGAGCGAGAAAAGCGUGGAGACACACUGGAAGGUCUUGACGGGCCAGCGCACGGCGAGCGGCUAUGGCAAGCCGCACGCGCAGCCGCUCAAGGCGGCGCCGGCCAUCGACGCGCGCGUCGGCCGCUGGGUCAAGAUCUGGUGGCCCGAACAGAGCCGGUGGUACCUCGGCCGCAUCGUCGGCCAGCGGAUGCAGUCGGGGCGCCACGAGACCAAGGUCGCCUACGCCGACGGCGAGACGAUGUACGAGGCGCUCCGCGACGAGCCGUUCGACGGCGACGGAGAGCCACCCGCGGUCGUCGACGGCGAGCCCGAGCACUGGUGGUGGGCGCCCGUGCCGCCGGUGCGGAAAGUGGCGAUCGAUGCUCCUGCUAGCCCACGACAAGCGGGCAAUUAACUUCCCCGGCGACGAGGAGGCGACGCGCGCUUAUUUCAGAUUUCAAAACGCUACACCCUAGUCCUAGUACCCCCGUUUAAUCAUCCACUCAAUACA